AUGUCCUCCUCACCAAAAGUCCGCGUCGCCGUCACCCAGGCUGAGCCGGUGUGGCUCGAUCUCGACGGCGCCGUCAAGAAGACAUGUGAUUUGAUACAAGAGGCAGCCCAAGAGGGCGCUCAGCUCAUUGCGUUUCCAGAAUGUUGGAUUCCUGGAUAUCCAUGCUGGAUUUGGACCCGGCUGGUGGAUUUCGACCUGAACGUCAAAUACAUCAAGAAUUCUAUAAAGCUUGACUCGUCGGAGAUGAAGGCCAUCCAGAAGUGCGCACUUGAGAACAACAUUGCCGUGUCGCUGGGAUUCUCCGAGAACGACAAUGACUCCGUGUAUAUUUCACAGGCAAUGAUCGGCGCCGAUGGCGAGAUCAAAGCGCACCGCCGUAAGAUGAAGCCCACGCAUAUGGAGCGUACCAUUUUCGGUGAUGCUUCAGGCCACUGCCUCGCCUCCGUAGUCGAACUGCCAUUCGCUCGCGUCGGCCACCUGUCAUGCUGGGAGCAUAUCCAGCCAUUACUCAAGUUCCACACCAUGUCUCAGGGCGAGCAGAUUCACGUGUCCGCCUGGCCCAGUCUCACCCCGCACACUGGCGGACCAGAUUUGUGGUCCAUGUCGGCAGAAGGUUGUCAAGCCCUAUCUCGUACAUACGCUAUCGAGGGUUCAACAUUUGUUCUUCAUUCCACAGCGUUAAUCACAGAGAAGGGCGUUGCACUUCAGAAGACCGAGAGCGGCAGUCUCAUGUCGUCUCCCGGUGGAGGCAGCUCCGCUAUCUUUGCUCCUGAUGGUCGCAAAAUAAGCACUGAUAUCGACCCAACGACCGAGGGGAUUCUCUACGCUGAUUUGGACCUGGAUAAUAUCAUCCAGAACAAGAUGUUCGCACACUGCACUGGGCACUACAGUCGACCUGAUCUUCUGUCCUUGAGCGUUGAAUCGAAUAUUAAAACCGUUGUGAAAGAGAUGACAGUGACCUUGAAGGGGACGGAAGUCGAUAAUACAGUCAAG